UUUGUGGUUAAGUCCUGUCCGCAAAGCAUCACUUCGACUGGACGCCUUAAAACGCGCGAGUUUUCUUGAGCAGAAGCAGUAAAUAAUGCAGUCACACAGCAAGAAACGUGUUUGCUACUACUACGACAGUGAUAUUGGAAACUAUUACUAUGGCCAGGGACAUCCGAUGAAACCGCACCGCAUACGCAUGACGCACAACCUGCUGCUCAAUUAUGGCUUGUACCGGAAGAUGGAAAUUUAUCGACCACACAAAGCUACGGCGGACGAGAUGACAAAGUUCCACUCGGACGACUACAUCCGGUUCCUACGAUCGAUCCGUCCGGAUAAUAUGUCCGAGUACAACAAGCACAUGCAGCGAUUUAACGUCGGUGAAGAUUGUCCCGUGUUUGAUGGAUUGUACGAGUUUUGUCAGCUGUCGGCAGGCGGUUCCGUAGCCGCCGCAGUUAAGCUGAACAAACAGGCGUCAGAAAUUUGCAUCAACUGGGGCGGUGGGUUGCACCACGCGAAGAAGUCGGAAGCGUCCGGCUUUUGCUACGUAAACGACAUCGUGCUCGGUAUUCUGGAGCUACUGAAGUACCACCAACGGGUGCUGUACAUCGACAUUGACGUACACCAUGGGGACGGCGUGGAGGAAGCAUUCUACACGACCGAUCGCGUCAUGACGGUGAGUUUCCACAAAUACGGUGAAUACUUCCCCGGUACGGGCGAUCUGCGGGACAUUGGAGCCGGACGGGGCAAAUACUACGCGGUGAACAUACCGCUCCGGGACGGAAUGGACGAUGAGUCGUACGAUUCGAUCUUUGUACCGAUCAUCUCGAAGGUGAUGGAAACGUUCCAACCGUCAGCGGUGGUACUCCAGUGCGGUGCAGAUUCCCUAACCGGCGAUCGGCUCGGUUGCUUCAAUCUCACCGUGAAGGGACACGGCAAGUGCGUAGAGUUUGUGAAAAAGUACAACCUACCGUUCCUGAUGGUCGGCGGUGGAGGGUACACGAUCCGUAACGUGUCCCGCUGCUGGACGUACGAAACGUCGGUUGCGCUAGGGGUGGAGAUUGCCAACGAACUGCCGUACAACGAUUAUUUCGAGUACUUUGGGCCAGACUUUAAGUUGCACAUCAGCCCAAGCAACAUGUCCAACCAGAACACGACCGAAUACCUCGAGAAGAUAAAGAACCGGUUGUUUGAGAAUUUGCGCAUGUUGCCGCAUGCACCGGGUGUGCAGGUGCAACCGAUCCCGGAGGAUGCGAUCAACGAUGAGUCGGAGGACGAGGAUAAGGUAGAUAAGGACGAACGGCUGCCGCAACAGGACAAGGACAAGCGGAUAGUACCGGAUAAUGAGUUUUCUGACUCGGAAGAUGAAGGUGAAGGCGGCCGGAGGGAUAAUCGAUCGUUCAAGGGACAACAGGGUGCACAACAGCAGUCCCGCAAGAGGCCACGCAUCGAAAAGGAUGGCAAGACGGAGGACGUGAAGGAUGAAAAGGAAGCGAAAAUGGACACUAGUGGCGACAAGGAGGAAACCAAAGCGGCUGAAGAACCGGCCAAGAAGGAAACGACGGGCGUUGCAUGAUCCACGCUGUCAUCGUUUCGCAAACAGCAGCAGCAGCAACCUCCACAAUCGUAACUAAAUCCGUACAGGCCGUCUCGUUUUUUUCUCGCGCAUCGGAGCUAAAUGUCCUUAACACAUUAAUGUGUGCGCCCCCAAAAAGUGAACUACCUUUCGCGCAGUUGUCCAUGCGGGACCGAUAGAUAGAGUGCUAAAUCCGGCGGAAAAAGCACAUCGUAAGGAAAAGGCGUAUUUUAUUCGCUUCACCAAACUCCGGAAUAGGUUUUAAUGGUUUGGGUGACACGAACACACCUACACAGAGAGAUGUCGGUAAAAUGUGUUAUCCUAGAGUAUGCUGCAAGAGACGCAGAGGUGUAAAGAUGCCGUACACAAUUGUAUUCUACUGAUCUCAGGAAGGAUUAUAAAGAAAAUAGCCACAUACACAAUAGCCACCAGGAAAAGAUUAGUGUUUCCCAUAACUGAACAAGAAAGCAAAACAACAAACCCGUAACAAACUAACUCAUUUUAGAUGCUGAAGAAAGUACCAACCUGGUGUUAUACGACCCAAACAGGGGGAGAAUAAAAUUGACAUAGAAUAGAACGAGUUUAGGGACGGCUCGGUGGUGUAUUGGUAGCGGCACCGGCUCUUCACACGACUGACUAGUCCAAAUUCCCAUUCAGACCACAGAUCCUCCGUACGCAGGACUGACUAUCCGGAUACGUACUCAAAAUAAGUCUAGUAAACCAGAAAUGGCGGGCAUGACCACGCCCUAGUAGGUCGUUACGCCAAGAAGAAGAACAACGAGAGUUACAAUACCACGUACAAUACCAAAUCCACUUUCCGACAUCAAAUUCGUGGAUGUAAAAGGUGGUGUUAAACACACACAAAAACAGUAAAUAAGAAGCAAAUUUAUGUUUGAUAAACAGUCAGGAACAAGGUAAAAGCUGUUCCUGUGGGAAAAAAUUGUUAGCAGUCAAAGAGAACCGCUUAAAAUAAGGACCGUUACAAUAUACCCCAGUUCAAUUCAUCAUAAUAUUCAUAAUCUACCGUUUCUUUGAAUACGCCUUCCAAAGGAACCUUCUGAUUACGAUCAAAAGAUUUCCCAAUAUCCCGUAGUGAUAUUGAUUUUCAUCUGAAAAGUGGUUGGUAGGACACAUCAAAACCGAAACGUACAAUUUUCAGUUGCAUUAUUGCAUUUUGCCGCUCGCGUACUACUCACAAAAGGCAUUAAGAAUUAAUAUACACGGGACGAAUAAAAUCAAUCGGGGUUUCGGUCUUCUUUUCCUGCUGGAGCCAAUAAUUCGCUGUUCAGAAUUCUGUGCUAAAAGUAGUAAACAAACAAAACAGGAAGACAGGAAACAAAAAUCGCGCAUUGCGUGUUGCUACGUAUCAUAUGAAUAAGCGCAACGAGGAGGAGGUGGCCGUGUGACAGUGACGUGUCACAAAUAACUAAUGGAAUUAAACGUUUUAAAAGCACAGGCGGAGGAAUCCCACAAACCGUGUUAAAGAAGUUAAUCCUGCUCCGGACAAUCGGCUAACAGGGUGUAGCCGAAAAAGUUAUUAAAAUUUUACUUAAACGACCUACCAGUGUCAGGUAAUGUCUGCUUGAACAGACUUAUCCAUAGUAUUUUUUUUUUAAAUAAAUGUUCAAUCUCAAACUUUGCCGAUUGUCAAGAGUACGGAUAAGGUUCAUGGUUUGUUAGGAAUCUAUGAAAAAAUAAACUAUCAGAUUAGGAUAUAAAGAUAAUAAAAUAUCAAAUUCGAGUAAUGGCGCGUGCAGAUGAUGUUGCAACCUGUUGUAACACCGUGAAAGACACGAGAUUGUCCUAUGGUUGGAUGGGUGCAAGAGAGAUAAUUAAGUAUUACCAAGUAAAUACAACAAGGAAAAC